UUCUUAAUUCACUUUUAUUUUAAUGUUAAUAUUUCACGUUAAUUGUCGAGUUUUAAACAUUAGAAUAGUGUAAUCUCUCCUGCUCUGAAAAUGAAAAAAAUUAUCACCUAACAACUCCCACUUACAAGGGAAUAUAUUCUGGUACCUACACUAAAGCCAUUAGGUUCUUGAAGGCUAUGCUCCACAAACACACUCUCUCAUAACUUGUGGCAAGCGGAAGACUUCAAGUAUUGUCGGAUAAUAGCCUGUAUUUGUACUAUAAGAAGAUAUCCCCAGUUAAAUUCAGAGAGUGUUAUCUCUGACUCAACUUUUGCAUAAAUAAUUGUUUUUACCACACCAACUCUCCACUACUGUGUACAAAGUUUCUAGCUUCCAGGGUAGGAAGAACAUUCAUGCACCAGUCUUUGAAAAGUUGGCUUAUAUACAUUUUUUGUAACAAAAUAAGAAAUAAUUUUCAGAAAUAACAAAAAAUUUCAGAGUAUUCUCUUCACAUCCUAGGAUUUUCCCUAUUCAGGCAUAUGUACUAUUUAAACUUCAAACAAGAUGGGAAAAUGUAGCUUUCCAAUCGAGGUUUCUACUUUUAAGUUUGUCAGGGAUAUUGGCUUGGGUUUAUUGCUUAACUUAAUACUUUUAAAAUUAUUAUGUAUAUCAACAUUCCCUCCUCCAAUGUGUUCCUGAUCAAAUAUUCUCUAGACAAUAUAAGGAAAUGGUAUUGUGAUUAUUCAUGUUCUGGCAAAAAAAAAAAUCCUUUUGAACAGAUACUGUUGGAAAUGCUGGUUUUGUGCCUAACAGAGAUAAUGAAGUCUGAAUGUUUUGGAAAUAUGAACAGUAAGCCUAAUUUUCUCAGGUCUUUUGACUAUGUUAACAUAGUGUAGAAAUCCGUAGCUCACAGAUUCAUUCUAUUCUAUUGUGUACUUAUUGUGAUUUUAUGUCACCUUUUUUAUAUUCUCUAGUUUAGCAAGAAUAAUUCAGCUAUUAAUUCUUGUAAUUAAAAAAAUUGUGAAUAGCUUUGUCACUAUUACUAAGGCUUAAAAGAAAUUUCCAGGAUCUGGUUCUUUUUUUGAAAAAUAUCUGAGUUUUGGAAGCAGAAAUACUAUUAUAAUAGUUUCCGUUUCUAAGGCAUAUAAGAUAGGGGAAUGGGCAUGAGAAUAGACACACUAAACAAAUAGUAUUUUUAAAGAACUGUGGGUUUAUUUAUGAUAAAGAAGGCAUAUAUAUGCAUACAUACUAUACAAAUGUAUCAGUUCAAUUCACACAAUACAAUACUGUGGCAACUACUGCCUAGGUGGAUAGAGUGCUAGUCCUAGAAUCAGGAAGACCUGAGUUCAAGUAUAACCUCAGGCACUUAAUAAUUGUGGUCAUGGGCAAGCCACUUAACUGUUCUCUACAUCAGUUUCCUUAACUGUAUAAAGGAAAUCAUAAUAGGACCCAAAUCACAUGGUUAUUGGGGGAUGAAAUCCAAACCUUCCCCAAUUUCUGGAUCUGUAUUAAACAGCAAAUGUGAUGACUAAGCUUUUCUCAAAUAAGGACAGAAAAUAAAAUGAAAACCUCAGGAAAACAAAUAAACAGACAACCUCCACUUCCUGAAGAGAUGUUAUUGUUUCUAUGUCACUUAAUUCCUUUUUUAAGAGAACAUGGGAAGAUUGAUUUGCAUUGGGAAUUUCUGGAAUGGUUCUAUGGAGUCUUGUGAUGAAAAAUAAGAAAAUGAAAUUCCCUAGGAAGAAAAAUAGAAAUAACCACAGGAUAAGGAAUUUUAGAGUUGGAAAAGACUCCAGCAGCCAACCAGUCCAACAAAUAUUCAAAAAAGAAUUUCCAACUACAGCAUAUUUCACCAGUGGUCAUCCUGUCAGUGUUUCAAAUCUCCAAUGAGGAGGGAAUACACUGCAUCCAAAGGCAACCCAGCCCACAUCAGGAUGGCUUUAAUGGUUAGGAAGUUUCUCCUAGAAUCAAGUCUAAAUUUGCUUCUUUGCGCUUCUGUCACCUAGGGUCAAAUAGAACCAAUCUAAUCUAUCUUGCAUAGUAUAGUUUUUUAACUACUUGAGUACAUCUUUGAUACUCUCUGGUGUUCUUUCUUCUCUGGGCUACACAUCUCGAAUUACUUCAGUUGAACUGAAACUGUGAACCUUUCCUCAUCCCAGUUACUCUCUUCUGAAUACUCUGAAACUUAUCAAUAUCCUUCCUAAAUCAUGACACCAAGAACUGAAGACAGCAUUCCAGAUGGUGUCUGAGCACUGAAGAGCACAAAAGAAUUAUCAUCUUAUUUCUAGAAAGUUGUUUCUCUUAUGGAGUGCAAAAUUUCAUUGGUUGGCUGUUGCAUCAUGCACAGCUAGCUCACAUUGGGCUUGCAGAAUACCUAGAUCUUUUUCAAACUAUUGUCAUAUCAUUCCCUCAAGCAUCUUGCACUUGUGAUGUUGAUUUAUUGAACCACGUGUAAGACUUUGCACUUGAUCUUAUUGACUUCUAUCUUCCUAGAUAAAGCCCAAUGCUUUAGUCCUAGAAAGGUGUUUUGGGAUCUUUAUUCUUUCCUACAGUGGAUUACAUAUUUCUCCAGCUUCGAUUCACCUGAAAAUCUGAUAAAUAUGCUGUCAUAUCUGGCCUUUACCCAAGUCAUAAAUAAGAAGUGUUAAACAGCUUACUGUCAAACAAAGCUGGUUUAACCAAAAGAAAGCGCAGGCAGUAGCUACAGAUACUUACAACUUGCUUGUAUCUUCACUGCAUUUCAGAUACGAGAUAAUAAAGAUACUGUUUUAAUUAUGUUUAAAAGAAAUAAAGGAACUUUUAAAGAACGAAGAUGUUAAACAGUUUUCUUUAUCUGCUGGUGCGGUAGUCGUUUGAGACUCAGGGCGUCGCUGUUCACCAUUCAAGGAAAAAAAUACAUUCAGAGAUCCAGCUAGACCAUCCCCGCCUCCAUUUCUACGGCAAAUCAGACAUACAGGAGCAGAGGUUGCCCGGAAAUUCAGCCCCCAGUCACCACCACCAGUCCUCUGAACUCAGAAAUCCACUGGUAAAUGCUGAUUGCCUCAACUCUGUGGAACUCGUCACUAUUCUGGAAAUAGUACUCUAGAAAGAAUACACGAAACAAUUCUGCCGUGCUACAACAAUGGCGGCUGGACAGAGGUUCGGGGAUGACAGAAGGCAAGUUGUUUUAUUUUGCUUUCUCCUGGGGGUGUUUUGGGAGACUGGAGCCAGGCAGAUCCUCUACUCGGUGCCCGAGGAGAUGGAGAAAGGCUCCUUUGUGGGCGCUAUCGCCAAGGACCUCGGGCUGGAGCCGUGGGAGCUGUCGGAACGAGGAGCACGGAUCUUGACCGGAGGCAGGACUCAGCCUUUUGUAUUGAAUGUCAGAAGCGGCAGUUUAGUCACGGCAAACAGAAUAGACAGGGAAGAGCUCUGCGCCCAGAGUGUACAAUGUUUGAUAGGCUUUGAGCUUCUGUUUGAGGACAGAAUGGAUCUGUAUUCCAUAGAAGUGGAAAUAAAAGAUAUUAAUGACAACACCCCUCGUUUCCAGACACAAGAAUUAGACGUAAAAAUCAAUGAAAAUGCAGCUCAGGGAACGCAAUUUGGGCUUCCCAGUGCGUGGGAUCCUGAUGUGGGAGUGAACUCUCUUCAGAAUUACCAAUUGAAUCCAAGUGAUCAUUUCUCUCUACUUGUGCGAACUGGAGACGACGGGGCCAAGUAUCCGAGACUCGUGCUGGAGCAGGCCCUAGAUCGAGAAGAAGAGCCUGUUUACCUCCUCAUCCUCACGGCCUCAGAUGGGGGAAAUCCAGCCCUUUCUGGCACCUGCCGCAUCCGAAUAAUUGUCUUGGAUUCAAAUGACAACGCUCCAGUGUUUACUCAAUCUGUUUAUCACGUGAGUGUACCAGAGAAUGUACCCGUCAGAACUAUGUUACUCAAGGUGAACGCUACUGAUGAGGAUGAAGGAAUCAACGGGGAAGUGACAUAUUCAUUCCAGAAUCUUAAAAGACCAUUUUCAGAUAUUUUUUACUUAGAGUCCCAUACAGGGGAAAUACUAACUAAGCAGUCAUUGGAUUAUGAGAAAGUCAGGCUUUACGAAUUAGAAAUUCAAGCUAAAGAUGGGCCAGGGCUCUUUGGGAGCGCCAAAGUCGCUGUUAAAGUCACGGAUGUGAAUGAUAAUGCCCCAGAAGUGACAAUCACCUAUUUCACCAACUCAGUCUCUGAAAACGCUCCACCUGGAACAAUUGUUGCCCUGUUCAAUUUGCAUGAUCGAGACUCUGGAGAAAAUGGUCACGUCAUUUGUUCGAUUCCGGCUAAUCUGCCUUUCAAACUCCAAUGGUCUCUUAAUAAUUAUCAACGUUUGGUGACAGAAGGAAUUCUGGACAGGGAGCAGAUCUCUGAAUACAACAUCACUGUGACGGCUUCUGAUCAGGGUACUCCAUCUCUUUUUACAGUUACUCAACUUUCUCUGAGAGUCAUAGACAUUAAUGACAACCCUCCUAGCUUUAGUCAAACAUCGUAUUCUGCCUACAUUCCGGAGAACAACCUCAGAGGUUCAUCUAUUUAUUCCAUAACAGCCCAUGACCCCGACAGCGAAGAAAAUUCCCGUAUUACUUAUUCCAUUGAGGGUGACGUUCAAAGGAACUAUGUCUCCAUCAACUCAGAGACUGGAGUCCUCUAUGCUCUUCAAUCCUUCGAUUAUGAACAGUUUCAAGAUCUGCAACUACAAGUAAUAGCUCAAGACUCCGGAGACCCUUCUCUCAGCAGCAACGUUUCUUUAAUUCUGUUCAUUCUGGAUCAGAAUGACAAUGCCCCCGAAAUCCUGUACCCCACUUUUCCCACGGAUGGCUCUACUGGAGUUGAGUUGGCCCCUCGCUCUGCAGAACCAGGCUAUUUGGUAACCAAAGUAGUGGCAGUGGAUAGAGACUCAGGACAGAAUGCUUGGCUGUCUUAUAGACUUCUCAAAAUCACUGAACCUGGGCUCUUUUCCGUGGGACCACACACUGGGGAGAUCAGGACUUCCAGGGCCUUCAUAGACAAAGAUACCCUUAGGCAGAAGCUGUUGAUUGCAGUUACAGACAAUGGAGAACCUUCUCUAUCAACCACAGUCAGUAUCACAGUAGCAGUGGCUGACAGCAUCCCAGAGAUAUUCUCUGACCUCAGCAACCUAGAAACUGCUAAGUCUUCAGAUGACUCUAGCCUCACGUUUUACCUAGUCAUUGCUGUAACUAUUAUGUCCUGCUUGUUCUUCAUUUUCAUCAUCAUCUUACUGACCUUCAGACUGUGGCAAUGUAGGACAUCACAAUUGUUGGAAUCAAGUAAUGGCUAUGUUGGAAGUGUUCCUGACACUCAGUUUGCAGGCAUUGAAGGAGUUCGAACUUUUCUUCAGACCUAUUCCCACCAGGUUUCCCUCGGCACAGAUUCUCCGAAGAGUCAGUUGAUCUUUCCCCAACCCAACUAUGCAGACACUCUCCUAAGUAUUCAGAGCUGUGAUAAAAAACAAUCUCUAUCAACAGCCAGAGAAUUGCAAGAAUGCAAAGAUAAAUCUACUUUUAUUCAAGUGAGUUAAUUCUUUCCUAAACUUGGCUCUGAAGGGAAAUAUUUCAUAUUCAUGAGGUUUGGGCUCAGCUUUCUUUUUUUAAUAUAGGUUGUUAAAGUUUUCAUUUAAAAGAUAUUUUUUUAAAUGUUGAAUUUGGUUUGAUUUACAGUUUAGAAUAUGAACUAUGUAGGAUGUCAUUCUUUAUGUUUUUAUUUGCUUUGGGGAUGAGAUUCUUCCAUAUUAUUUAGCCUAUAUUUCCACUAUUUUAAAUUUUAUUUUAUUUUCAGUUUUAUUGACAUCUUUUGUUUAAAUCACAUUUGUUCAUGAAUAUAUUCUUUACCCUGCCAUCCUUCCCUAGGAAAUCAUCAAAGGCAAAAAAAAAAAAAGCGCUAGGUUUUCAACAAACCAGUAAGUCUAUCAACCAUUAAAGGAAAAAAAAAACAAUUUAUGUAACAUCUCAUACCUAUAGUCUCUUCUAAGAAGGGAGGUAGUUGCAUUUUCUGGAUUCUUCUCUAUGGCCAAAUUUGGGCAUUAUACUUACAUGGCAUUUAACACCUUUUAUUUUGUUGUUUCCAUCUGAUUUGUAGAAGUUAUGUGUAUUGUAUUCCUGAUUCUGAUUACCUCACUUUGCAUCACUUUAUAUGUUUUUGCAUAUUCCUUGAAUUCUUCAUUAUCAUAAACAUAUGCUUCUUUCACAAAUGAAUGACUUUUUGACAUUCAUUUUUCUUUCAAGUUUUAAGUCCUCUAACUUACUCUAGGCCCUCUCUCUCUCAUUGAGAAGACAAGAAAUAUGGUACUCCUCAUCCAUGUGUCAGCAUACAAAAUAUAUUUCCACAUUAGCCAUGGUUGCAUCCCACCCAAAAAAUCAAGAAAAAUAAAGCAGCUAAAGAUGUAUCUUCAGGCAGAGUUUAUUAGUUCUCUCUCCAGAGAUGGACAGUAUUUAUUAUCAUGAGUCCUUUGGAAUUGUCAUUGAUCAUUGUAUUGGUAAAAGUAACAAUUUAUUCACUUUAUUUUUAAAUAUUUUCCCAUAUUUAUAUAAUUCAUUUUCUUUACCUCCCUUCUCUCCCCCUCCAAAAGCUGACAAGCAGUUCCAUUGGGUUGUACAAACGUUGUCACAAAGUAACAAUUGAUAAUCAUUACAAUAUUGCUGUUACUGUUUACAAUGAUAUCCUGGUUCUGCUCACUUUGCUUUGCAUCAGUUAAUACAUUUCUAUGAUUUUUUCUCAAACUAUCCUCCUUGUUACUUCUUACAGCACAAUGUAUUCCAUCACAAUCAUAUUCCACAACUUGUUCAGCCAUUCCUCAAGUGAUGUGCAUCCCUUCAAUGUCCAAUUUUUUGCCACCAAAAAAGAGCUGCUAUAAAUAUUUUUGUAGUUAUAGGUGCUUUCCCCUUUUAAAAAUCUCUUUGGGAUACAGACCAAGUAGUGUUAUUGCUGGAUCAAAGGGUAUGUAAAGUUCUAUAGCGCUUUGGGCAUAGUUCCAAAUUGUUCUCCAGAUGAUUAUACACUUUGGGCAUAGUUCCAAAUUGUUCUCCAGAUGAUUAUACUAAUUCAAAACUCUACCAACAGUACAUUAGUAUACUUAUUUUCCCACAAUCCCUCUAGCAUUUGUCAUUUUCCUUUUCUGUUCUUAGUCAAUCUUAUGGGUGUGAAGUGAUAGCCCAAAGCUGUUUUAAUUUGCAUUUCUCUAAUUAUUAGUGAUCUAAAGCAUUUUAUAUGACUAUUGAUAGCUUUAAUUUCUUCUGAAAUUUUUGUGUUCAUAUCCCUUCACUAUUUAUCAAUGGGAAUGGAAUUUGUUUUUAUAAAAUUGACUCAAGUCCCUAUAUAUUUGAGAAAUUAGGCCUUUAUCAGAGAAACUUGCUGCCAAAAAAAAUUUUUUUUGCCCCACUUCCUGCUAACCUUCUAAUGUUGGGUGCAUUGGUUUUGUUUACCUUAAUUUAAUGAAAUCAAAGUUAUCUAUUUUGCUUCCUGUGAUCUUCUCUAUCUCUUGUGUAGUCGUAAAAUACUCCUCUGUCAGAUCUGACAGGCAAUUUUUUCCUAGGCUCGCCUAAUUUGUGUAUAUCAUCUUUUAUUUCUGAAUUAUAUAACCAUUUUGAUCAUAUCUUGGUAUAUGGUGUGAAAGGUCCAUCUGUACCCAAUUUCUGCCAGAUUGCUUUCCAGGUUUCCCAGCAGUUUUUGUUGAAGAAUGAAUUCUCACCCAAAUAUUUUGGAUCUUUGAGUUUAUCAAACUCUAGAUUACAAUGUCCAUUUAUUCUGCAUAUUGUACGUGUAAUCUAUUCCACCAAUUUCUUCCACCCUAUUUCUUAUCCAGAACCAGUUUAUUUUUAUGAUUAUCACUUCAUAAUGUAGUUUUAAAUCUGGUACUGUUAGAUUGUCUUUCUUGAUUAUUUUUUCAUUUUCUUGAGAUACUUGACUUUUUGUUCUUCUAGUUGGGUUUUGUUAUUUUUUCCAGCUCUAUAAAAUAAUUCUUUGGUAGUUUGGUAUGGCAUUGAAUAAGUAAAUUAUUUUAGAAUUGACACUUUUAUUGUAUUGGCUACAGACCUACCUGUGAACAGUUAAUGUUUUUCUAGUUGUUUAGACCUAUAUUUAUUUGUAUAAAAAAAAAUGUUUUGUAAUUGUGUUCCUAUAGUACCUGAGUUUGUGUUGGUAGGUAGACUUCCAAGUGUUUUAUAAUGCCUGCAGUUAUUUUUAAUAGAAUCUAUCUUUCUAUCUCUUCCUCCUUAGUUUUGUUGGUAAUAUAGAGAAGUGCUGAUAAUUUAUGUGGAUUUAUUUUACAUCCCAUAACGUUGCUAUAAAAUAAACUUUUAAGUUUGUUUUCUAUAGUUCUCUAAGUAUGGAUCAUAUCAUCUGCUAAGAGUAAUAGUUAGUUUUGUUUCUUCUUUACCUAUUCUUUUUCCUUCAAUUUCUUUUUCUUGUCUUAUUGCUUUAACUAACAUUUCUAGUACAAUAUUGAAAUAAUAAAGGUGAUAAUGGUCAUCCUUGAUUCACCUCUGAGCUAUUGGGAAGACUUCUAAUUUAUCUCCAUUACCAAAAAAAAAAUCCUCCUCUUGGUUUUAAAUAGAUGUUAUUCAUCAUUUUAGGGAAAGCGCCAUUCAUUCGUAUGCUUUCUAAUGAUUUUUAAAAGAACAGGUGCUUCAUUUUGUCAAAAGCUUUCCCUGCAUCUUUCGACAGAAUAAUAUAAUUUUUGGUGUUUUGUUAUUGAUGUGAUCAAUUAUUUUCAGUUUUCCUAAUAUCGAGCCACUCCUGCAUUUCUAAUAUAAAUCCCACCUGGUCAUAGUGUAUGAUCUUUAUGAAUGAAUGAGUAAUUGAAUGUGUCCAUAAGUCUACUUAAUUACUAAUUCAUGUAAGAAGCAUAUGUUAACUUGCCUAUGUUGUACCCCUUGGUUUUUACAACCUAUUUCUUAAAUGAAGCAUUAAAGGUGACUUGUUUA